UUACGUCACGUGUCUCUGUGAAGUCACAUGGCGGUUGUGAUUUUAUAAGGAUCGAUCGAACUCUCGGAGGUUGCAGAAAAACAGACUUUCGCACAGGAAGGUUACGUUUUUGUAGUCGGAAUCGGAAGGGACGAUGGAUUACACGAACGCUCUCGGCCAUGGCUUGGCUCGUCUUCUCCUGCAGCUCCCUCUUCUGUACACCAUCAUAGCUGCAACCGGCGUUUACUGCUUUGCAGACGGAGACCCCGAGGAACCAAACGCACCCGCAGGACCAGAGGAUGACCAGACCGUAGAGGAUACUGAGGACCAGGACAUAGAGUGUGUUACAGCGCAAACGGCUUACAGCAUCCUCCAGGCGGAAAAUGACGAACUGAAGAACGCACUGAUUCAAAAGGAGAUCUACAUGGCAGAAGCUGAGGAGAAAGAGCAAAAAGCUAUGAAGUACAUUGCAACAUUGGAGGCCAAAAAGUUAGAGCUGUCAUCUCAAGCGAAGGCACUGCGAGAGACCGUGCAGGAAAUGGGGAACCUGCUGAUUAAGGAAGACUUGGAGAAUGACAAGCUCUUGACUGAGUGUGAGAGAGAGCGAGAGGCUCAAAACGUCCUCCAGGCGGAGAACGACAAGUUGAAGAACACACUGAUUGAGAAUAGGGAGUUGCUGCAGGUCUCCAUGGCAGAAGCUGAGAAGAAACAACAAAAUGCUAUGGAAUCCAUUGCACAGCUGGAGUCUGAGAACUCAACCCUGGCUUAUCAAGUAAAGACAUUGCAAGCCACAGUGCAGGAAAUGGGGAGUCUGCUUUCUGAGGCAAACAUUGAUAAUGGCAAGCUACUAAAUGAGUGUGAUGAAGCACGAGAGCUUCAAAACCUCCUCCAGGUGGAAAAUGACAUGUUGAAGAAAGCACUGAUUGAGAAAGAGGAGUUACUAAAGGAGUUUGAGCUUGAAAGGGUGGCAGAGAAAGAUGAGAUGAAGACUCUGGAGAACAACGAGGAGCUACAGAAGGUUUGCUUAAUGGAAUCCAAGGGGAAAAACAAAAAGGCUGUGGAAUUCAUUGCACAGCUGGGGGCCAAGAAGUCACACCUGACAAAUCAACUGCAGACACUGCAAGAAACCAUGCAGGAUUUAUGUAGCCUGAUCUACAAUGCAAACAUAGAUGACCUGCUAACUAAAGAGUGUAAGAGAGAGCAAAAACCCCACAGCAAGCUUCAGGAAUCCUUCCAGGAUCUUCAGAAAGGGAACGAAACCGAUCCAGAAUAGAAAUUAUUGUGAUUUGUGGACGAAGGAUGAAAAAAAAUAAAGAAUUUUAUUUGAAGU